AUGUUUUAUCCUGGCUGCGGCCCCUCUAUCUUUUCACGUAUACGCCAAGAGGCUGGGCAGAAAGCCCUUUCGCUCGCUCGACGCUUAGAGAAAACAACUUUCAAACUUGAAGCACAUCAUCGUCACCUACACUUCACUCACAAAGCAUUGGAUAACCAACUUGUCCCUAAAUCGCUGCGAUUCAAACCACCAGGCAGCCAUCCUGUCUUCCAACAAAUAAUGAAUCGCGCUAGCAAGCACUGCCUACGAGCAAGAAUAACCAUCUGCCAUGAGCACAUCAAAACAUCAAGGACCGCCAUCGAAAACACCAAGCGUGAACUGUGCUCCCUAAUCAAUGAGGACACCUAUGCGACCUUGCUACUAUUCCUAAAGAACAGAGCCACAUCUUUCAACAACAACACCAACACCAGACACGCCAAGAAACUUGCUACUAUGAAAUCCACUGGUUAUCAAAAGUCUGAUAUCGACAAGAACAACUGGGUUGUGAACCUUUCCACCAAACCACUCUUACCAGAAGAACGAUCUCUCCUAGAGAAAGGUCCAAAAUUCGCUCCGACGCCCACAAGCAUUCCACACAAGAACAUUGUGUCUGAAAUCGAAGCGGCUAUUCGUCACCUUCCUGAUAUUUCUAAAGAUACUGUUAGAACUAGUUCUGCUGCCAUCCUACAUAGAGCAAGACUGCCGGCGCAUAAGAAUAUUUCUAAGGAAGAAAGAAAAGCUUUAAACGAUCUUAAGAAGGAUCAAUCUAGAGUCAUAAUGAAAGCUGAUAAGGGAAACUGCUUUGUCGUCAUGGACAGAUCAGACUACGACAACAAAAUGGAGACUUUGCUCAAUGACAGAUCCACCUAUGAGCUAGUUUCCACAUCACCUUUCCGCCGGAUUGAACGCGAAUUGAAUGCCAUGUUACUCUCCUUAAAGAGACAAAAAAAGAUUGAUGACCCAACCUAUCGUAAACUUCACUCAACCGACGGCACACCACCAGCGAUCCGCGGCUCAGUUAAACACCACAAAGAAGGGAACCCACUGAGACCCAUUGUCACCUGUAUUGGCUCAGCCCUCUACAACACGUCCAAGUUUCUAACGUAUAUUCUAUCUCCAAUUCAAAAUCGUAACGGAUACUCUGUUGCCAAUUCCUUGCAGUUUUCCAAAGAAAUAUCUGACAUCAAGAUCGACGAGAACGAAGUCUUGGUUUCCUUCGAUGUUGUAUCACUGUUCACCGCGAUCCCUGUUGACAAAGCAUGUGAUUACAUCAAGAUCAAACUGGAACAGGAUGCCUCUCUUCCAUCCAGAACAAAUUUGGACAUCAAUGACAUAAUAUCACUCCUCCAAUUUACCCUGUCCAACAACUAUUUUAUGUUCAACGACAGAGUCUACAAACAAGUACACGGAUGCGCUAUGGGCAGUCCAGUUAGCCCUGUAGUGGCCAAUCUCUGCAUGGAAGAAAUCGAGGAAAGUGCGAUUAACAGUUCAUCCGUCCCUCCUAAAAUCUGGAAAUGUUAUGUCGAUGAUAGCUUCUGCAUCAUCAAAAAAGACAAUGUGCCAGCUUUCCAUGACACAUUAAAUUCAAUUGACGCCAACAUCUCUUUCACCAUCGAAAUUGAAAGUGACAAUAAGAUCUCCUUUCUCGACACUUUGGUCACCCGGAGAAAUGGCACCAUCGCUGUCGAUGUUUACAGAAAGCCUACGCACACGGACAGAUAUCUAGACUACAAUUCUCACCAUGAUAAUAAACACAAGGCCAGCACAGCAGCAACUCUUCUACACAGAGCCCUAAAGCUACCCAACUCCUCCGAAGGAAAAGAACGAGAACUUAACCGAGUUUAUUCAGCACUUGAAUCUAAUGGUUAUCCAUCGAAUUUCAUUAAAAACAUCCAGGCCAAAAAAACCCGACGCUCAACAGUGUUGUCCCCGGAGGAACUUGUUGGCACAUUUUUCAAGAUCGUCGGGGCGUCCGAAUCACGCAAGUCGUUCGCCUCUCUUCCAUACAUUAAAGGCGUAACAGAACCUCUGACUCGUGUCCUCAAAAAACACGACAUCACAGUGCACAAUUAA